UUGUUUACUAAAAAUCAGAAAACAAAUUAUAAUGACAUUAAUGUAGUUAAAUUAUUCGAGAAAUUUGAGAUUCUCCCAUAUUUAUGACUUUAUUAUAGCUAAAAUGUGAAGUAAUAAACCAAAAUCAGAAGUAUUUUGUGUAAAAUUACAUGUAAUUUAAGCAAAAAUGAGUUCAGAAUGAGGUGAAUCGUGGAAGAACACGUCAAGGAUAGUACACAUACCCGUCUCUCAUCACCUACGAUGCAAAUAUUACCCUACUAAAACGUGUCAAACAGAUCGAGUAAAACGAGUUAGGUCGAGUUUACCAAUUCAUUUCCUCCAAUGCAAAUCUGAAACUUCUGUACUCUUCUCUCAAGGCCAUGCUUCUCAAAGGAGAAAGAAAGGUUAUGAUCACACACCAAUCCAAUAAUGGGCAGGCAAUAACUUCCCGAUUGGGUGAGUGAAUUGAAGCAUAUUGAAGAGUUCAAAGUUUCCCUGGCCAAGCCGGAAAGUGAAGUGGUCCUGCCUUGGAGGUUACUCGUUAUGAAUGAGGCUCAAGUCUGUGAAAAGUGAGAGUUGGAAUCCGUAUAAGGGAAGGACUAUCUAUUACCAACUCUCCAAACAAACCAGAUGGGAGCUAGGGAUGGAGGAGGGAGGAAUUAGGUAUAACUUCAUGAACUUUUGGACCCUUUCGUCGAAUCGAUCCCUCUGUCAUUCCUCCAACCACUAUUUUCUUCUGCAAAAUCUCUCCAAGUUCGACUUAUGACGAAAGACUGUAACUGCACAUUUCCAAGGCCAGGAAAUCCCUUUUUACCUCAUCUAUAUAUACCGCCAAUGGCAGCUCAAAGUUACUCAAUUGCCACAAUCAAGACAGAAACAAAAAUGGCCAAGUGGGUAGCUGCUUUCCUGAUCAUAAUCACGCUGGAGCUGGGAAUUACUACUUCUGCUGCUACAUUGAACGAGACAUGCCUUGGAGCUGACAUCAGCUUCCAGCUCCAGUUCAAUCUGUACCAGAACAGCUGCCCUGAAGCCGAAUCGAUAGUCUUCUCCUGGGUUGAAUCCGCCGUCGCCGUCGACCCCAGAAUGGCCGCUUCUCUCCUCCGCCUCCACUUCCACGACUGCUUCGUCAAUGGGUGCGACGCCUCUGUUUUGCUGGACGAUACGGCGACGUUUCAAGGGGAGAAGACGGCGCCGCCGAACUUGAAUUCGCUGAGAGGGUUUGAAGUGAUCGAUGCAAUCAAAUCGGAGCUGGAAUCGGUUUGCCCUGAAACCGUCUCUUGCGCUGACGUUCUCGCCAUUGCUGCCCGUGACUCUGUUUUCCUCACAGGGGGGCCCAGUUGGGAAGUUCAAAUGGGGAGGAAGGACGGCGUAUCGGCGAGCAAAGCGGCGGCAACGGCCAGCCUUCCGGGGCCGAAUUCCACGGUGGCGGUUCUACUUGCCAAUUUUCAGAACGUCGGGCUCGGUCUAAACGACGUCGUCGCUCUAUCCGGGGCCCACACGAUCGGGAAAGCCAGGUGCUCAUCGUUCAGCUCACGAAUCUCCGGCGGCGGUGGCGGCGGUCCGGACAUCAAUUUGGAUUUUGUCCAGUCCCUACAGCAGCUGUGCUCAUCUCCAGAACUCUCUACGACGGCGACCACGGUGGCGGCUGCUGAGCUGGACAAGGGGACGCCGUUCACGUUCGACAACCAGUACUACACGAACCUGUUGUCGGGGGAAGGGCUGCUGCCGUCGGACCAGGCGCUGGCGGGGCAGGACGAGGAGACGAGGAUGAUCGUCGAGACGUACGUCGAGGAUUCGGACAGGUUCUUCGAGGAUUUCAUGGCUUCGAUGGUGAGAAUGGGGAGCUUGGUCGGAGUUGUCGGUAACACGGGGGAGAUCAGGAGGAACUGUAGGUUUGUUAACUGAAAGGGAGUGGAUUAAUUAAGGUGGUAAUUGGAUUUUCGUUUUCAUUAUGUAUGUCUGUAAUUUGAUUUCGGUUGUCAUUUAAGUGAAAGCAUGCACGCGUGUAGUUUGUGUGUGUAAGUUGAAGGAGCCCAUGGGCCUGGUCUGGCCCGUAACUUGAACGAACUUUAAGCCCAAUUGAAAGCAAGUGUACGGGACAGGAGAAUCAACCUUGGGUGUUAUG